AUGUCGACUAUAACCUUUCAUGUUCAACUACUUCCGGGCACUCACAUUGAGACCACAGAGUCCACAAAUAUAUAUGGAGUCGAUGAGGGCACCGGAAGUGGCUGGUGGUUACAAAAUGUGGAAAACAAUGUCACAAGAGAAAGUUGCCAGCGAAGCGAGAUGCAACACCAGUCAGUCAUUCAAAACCAGCUUGCCAGCUCUGAUGGAAAUGGCCGUGUUCAAAACAAACGAGAGACCAACGCCGAUUGUUUUUGGCGCAUACAAGUAUUAAAGAUUGUUCACAAAGGGAGAGGUGGAAGAAAGAGGCGGCCGGGCUGA